CGUAAAGAGGAGAGAAACACUCGGGUGUAACAGUGUGAACGCGAGGCUGAGCCCAGAGCAGAGGAGACAGGAGCACAGGGAAGAAGGAGGAGGGUGAGAAAGAGUCAAAGAGAGACAGAGGGAAGAGGAAAGAGAGGGAGAGAGGCAUCAGAGCGUGGAACAGGUUCUUUCGGCAGCCCUUGCACUCAGCCUCUGCAGACAUGCCUAACUUUGCCGGCACCUGGAAGAUGAAGAGGAGUGAGAAUUUUGAUGAACUUCUCAAAGCCCUGGGAGUGAACACCAUGCUGAGGAGGGUGGCCGUGGCAGCGGCCUCCAACCCCCACGUGGAGAUCCGCCAGGACGGGGAGCAGUUCUACAUCAAGACGUCCACCAGCGUGCGCACCACCGAGAUCAACUUCCACGUCGGUGAAGAAUUCGACGAGGAGACGGUGGACGGACGAAAGUGCAAGAGCCUCGCCACCUGGGAGUCCGAGAACAAGCUCCACUGUCAGCAGACUCUGGUGGAUGGUGAUGGCCCCAAAACCUACUGGACCCGGGAGCUGAGCGGCGAUGAGCUCAUACUGACUUUUGGGGCAGACGACGUUGUGUGCACACGAAUUUACGUCCGGGAAUGAAGCUCCGCAACCUUCAUCAGGACAAGGCAGAAACCCAGUUGGACCACAGCUUUCAUUAAACCCAACAAACACUCUGUCACGCUAACACGCUAGCACAUUUGCAAAUUAUCCUGUAUAAUCUCUCAGCAUCGGUCUGCAUAGUCUCCACAAACAGUAGCAAUGUCUCUGUAAUGAUUUGUAGUGAGUAUUGUAUCUGCAGUACAGUAGGUGGAUAUCUCAGUAACAUAUCUGCAACCCUGGUGUCGGCUGUUUACGUAGGAUUUGUUCAUCAGUUGCAUUGA